UUUAUUUUUAUUAAAAUUGGACAAAAAACACACCAACAAUGUACAUAGUACGCCCGUGGUUGUUUUUAAUGGCUUUGAAGAUUAUUGAGUUAGUUUUAAAUGUUGUUUUUUUACUAUUUAUUUUUUGCAUUGACCUCGGUUGCCGUGGUGACGGUUUAAGACCGGAAGUGGUCCUGUGCAACAGAAACAUCUCUAGAAACAUGGCAGUGCAAAGCUGGAUUGAUACCCUGAAAUCAUCAAAGAAAACAGCUUUGAUACACGACGGAAAAAGGAAGAUACACUACCUCUUUACAGAUGGCAAAGAAAUGGCUGAGGAGUAUGACUUGAAAACAGAUGAACUCAUUGUACGAAAGUGGCGUCAUAAAAGCACACUUGGAGCCCAGGGCCAAUGGCAGGUAGAGGUCGGGGAGCCACUGGCAGCUCCUGUCAUUUCUUCAGACUCGGAGGUGAUCAAGGAGAACUGCUCCAAUCCUGUAUUCAUGCGUAGAGACACAAAGAGCAGCUUCCAGUGGAGGAUCCGCAACCUUCCCUAUCCCAGAGACGUCUUCAGUGUUUCUGUGGAGCCAUCUGACAGAUGCAUCAUCAUAAAAACCUCAAACAAAAAGUAUUAUAAGAAGUUCAGUAUAACUGAUUUAGAUCGCAGUCAGCUGCCGCUGGACAACUCCGCACUCAGCUUCACUCACGCCAACAACACUUUAAUUGUCAGCUACCAGAAACCCAAGGAGACCUUAACCCUUGAACAGGAGCUACUGAAGGAGCUGAAGAAACUGAAGGGGACCGGCGAAGGGGACGUCGACUGCAAAACCCAGUGAAUCCGGACUGUGGGAGCGAGAGGCUGAUUCUGCGUUGCAUUUAAAGCAGAACCUCACUACGUCAUUUUCCAGUCACAUGUGAGCCCACGUUUAUUUUUCUCUCUUGGAUCCCUUCAUUAAGAAGACCUUUGCACAGUGCCUUGUCAAUGGUUUAAAGCUUCUUAUUGUGUUUACUAAUUGGGGUUCAUUUAUCAGAGAUUUUAGUGUUGAAAGCUGCAAUUUAUAUUUGAUACCGAUACCAAAAUAAAUAACACAUGAUGUGGAUAACAAACAGACUUAUCAACUUUGUUUUU